UGAGGCCACUGAUCUUUGUUUGGAUUAUUUUACAACAUUGCCAAAUAUGGAGUGACAUAAAAGGCGUCCCUUUACUUCCUGGAUAAAAAUAUAUAUAUUACGUCUUGUUGAUUACGACAUGCACAUUACAUACAGGCCAAUACAGGAGUUUAGUUUGAGUAAGGAUCAUUUGGAUACUCUACAACAGUAGUUUUAUCAGAGUCGAGACUACUAUUAAAGGUUUAGUGUUGACCAACCAGAUCAUUACAGUUAUGAAUACUACGACUAAUACCAUAAGCCCGGCCACGACUAAUGAAACGAUGAACACCAGCCAGGCCGUUAUCACCACGAACACGACAGAACAAAUCACUACAAACGUGAUCACGACGAUUGGGAACCUUACAACCUCUACCAUCACUGACCAGAACAAUUCAACUAUGAGCAUGAGUACUGGCUACAUGGCUUUUGAUCCCUUUAAUUACAGGUGUAGUAAAGCGUUGUUAUUACCUGUAAUCAGUGAAGCUACCUGGAAUCCUGGUGUUCGGGCCUUCUUGUAUCUGGUAGCCCUAUUAUGGUGCUUCUUAGCUGUAGCUAUCAUUGCUGAUAUUUUUAUGUGCUCAAUUGAAAAGAUUACAAGUAAGACGAGGAAGAUUCGUGUAGCUCUUCAAGGAGGGGGUGCUGAGGUGAGGGAAGUCAAGGUGUGGAAUGAUACUGUUGCUAAUCUCAGUUUAUUAGCUUUAGGUACCAGUGCUCCAGAGAUCUUACUGUCUGUUAUAGAAAUUGUUGGGAAUAAUUUUCAAGCAGGAGAUCUUGGUCCUGGUACCAUUGUUGGUUCUGCCUCGUUUAACUUAUUGGUUAUAUCCGCUAUUUGUAUCAUGUCUAUACCUGGUGGCGAUGUACGACGUAUAAAUAAUAUGAAAGUGUUUGCUGUUACAGCCUUCUCUUGUAUAUUUGCUUACGUUUGGUUGAUUAUUGUAUUGGUUGGGAUAUCUCCUGGAAGAGUUGAAAUUUGGGAAGCUUUCAUAACUUUAUUGUUCUUCCCCCUGCUUAUUGUUAUUGCUUUCCUGGCUGAAAAGAACUUUUUCAUUAAAUGCAAACAAGGUAAUACAGACAACAGGUACACAGUUAAUGAUGAGGAGAAUACUGGUAUGGCUCUAUCAGAUCGUAAAUCGUAUUAUCAAGAUGCAAGUAAAGAUGGCGAACCCAAAGGGAAAGAUAAUCCAUCGUUUGAUGACAUAGAAGUCAAUGAUGCAAAAGUUCCAGCCAUUGUAAUAGAGCAUCAUGAACACGAAACGGAUGAUGAGGACAAUAUGCAUAAACCAAAGAAAGAUGAGGUAAAAAAUGCAGCAAAGCUGAUGAUGCGAAAUCACAACCACAAUUCUGGGUAUUAUAGAAUUAAUGCUAUACGAAGGCUUUCUGGUAGUAAGAGGAUCAUACCAACCAAAAAACAAAAUAUUAGAGAGAUCUAUGACCUUGUUAAACUGUCAGAAAAAGCCACGAGAUAUAAAGAUGCCAGUGAGGGGGGUGUUAAACCUGUAAUAGAAUUUACCUCACCUACAGUAGCUGUUCUUGAAAGUCAGGGACAGGUUCGAAUAGGUAUCAGACGAUCUGGUAAUAUAGCGCCACCUGUAUCCGUCAGGGUAGAAACUGGUGACGGAUCAGCACAGGAAGGGAGUGAUUACAAGGAAUAUAACGACAUUAUCCACUUUGCCGCUAAUGAAGAAUUACAAGAAGUAUUUAUAGACAUUAUUGAUGAUGACGAAUGGGAAGAGGAUGAGAUAUUCUUCGUAAGGCUAUCUGCUGUUCCGGGGCAAGUAUUUGCAUUUGGAGAGCAUACUAUCUGUGAAGUGACUAUCAUUGAUGAUGAUGAGCCAGGACUUUUGAGGUUUGCUAAACCAAGCAUCAUUGUCAGGGGGAGUGCAAGUCGUAUUAAGAUACCAGUACAGCGAGUUAACGGUGCUGACGGUAAUAUAUCUGUAAAAUGGAAAACUAAAGACAUCUCAGCUAAACAUGGAAAAGACUACGAUGGGGGAGAAGGGGAAUUAAAAUUCGUUUCCGGAGAAACGAACAAAUUCAUAGUCAUACCACUUCUUGGUACUAACAAUGAGAAACGAGAGAGAGAUGAUAGCUUUGAAGUUGAAUUAGGUCAGUGUACAGGUGGAGCUGAAUUAGGAAAGUUAAACAGAACUAUUGUUACUAUAGUUAAUGAUAAAGAAUUUGUUGGAAUGGUGGGUCGGAUUAUGAGCAGAACAUUUAGUUAUUUAGAUGAGAUUGAAGACACAUCCUAUAUUGAUCAAUUUAAGAAUGCUAUGAACGUGAAUGGUGGAAAUAUAGAAGAAGCGACAUUUGUAGAUUACAUAUUCCAUUUUUUAACAUUUAUUUGGAAGAUUAUAUUUGCUUUCAUACCACCAGUCCACUUCCUAGGUGGAUGGCCAACCUUUUUAAUUUCAUUAGCAAUGAUCGGUUUCUUAACGGCUCUCAUUGGUGAUUUGGCCAGUUUAUUUGGUUGUUUGAUUGGUCUAGAGGAUAGUAUUACCGCAAUUACUUUGGUUGCAUUGGGAACCAGUAUGCCUGAUACGUUUGCUAGUAAAACUGCUGCCCUUAUGGAAAGAUAUGCCGACAGUUCUGUUGGAAAUGUAACCGGGAGUAACUCUGUCAACGUGUUUCUAGGAUUAGGCCUACCGUGGGUUAUUGCUAGUAUAUAUUGGGAGGCAAAAGGUUCGACAUUCCAGGUUCCGGUUGGAUCUUUGGUAUUUAGUGUGAUUCUCUAUACCAUUGCUGCUGUCAUAGCUCUCAGUCUAUUGGUAAUAAGACGUAAUGUUAAAUUUUUCGGAAAUGCCGAACUUGGUGGACCUACAGCUGGAAAGAUCACGUGUGGUGUUAUAUUCAUUACAUUAUGGGUCCUAUAUGUUUUAUUUUCAGCUCUACAAGCCAAGAAAAUCAUCAGUUUUCAGAUAUGAUUGUAUUACUGUGUUUUAAGUCACUUAUGUUAGUAUACCUAGUAGAUAACUGUCACACGUUUCAGUUCCAUUGACUAAUAUGUUUCGUCCACAAUUUCGUAUACUAGGCUAAAUGAAGAUGCUGGCAGAAAGAGUACAUCAAAAUUCAAAACAAGGCAGGGUCUAACGGACCACUUACAGGGGGGUAGUGGGCCGCACGGGUGGGCCAAGGGGUCCGUGUGUGCGCCCCCCCCCCCCCCGCCCCCGGGUUUGGGAUUCUUGCCACAGAUAAAGCCAAUGAUGUCUGCUCCGACUGGGAUAAUGAAGACGGCCAUACGCCAUAGAGUGUGCUAUGGAGGUAAAGUUGCCCGGGCAGCUGCGCUAUGACUACUCUUAUAUCGAAUUCCAAAUGCCAAGGGUUCCUUUACGUACACACCAAUAUGUACACAGGACCUCGUUAUUACGUCCUAUACGUUGACCCUUGUCAGGCCCUCUGUUCUACACCACUGACAAGGGGCAACUACGCCCUAAAAUCCAUACGUACUUUCCCGGCCCACAAAGGUUAGCGAGUCAACGUCUUAUCCACUGAGACCGGCUACUGUAUAUACAAAUAUUUAACGUUAUAGAACAAUCAAUAUAAUAUAAGAUCCCUCCAAUUUCAAUAUUUUAUUUUUGACCUAAAUCAAACAGAUUUAUCCCAAAUACUGUAUACCAUUUAUAUGUAUUGUUUUCUUAUUUUUCAUAUUUGUUAUAUAUAUUAUAUUAUAUUUAAAAAGCUAUUUUUGUUACUAUGCAUAAUUCAGUAUUUUUAUAUACGUUUCAUUAUUGAAUAUAAUAGUUGUUAAUAUUAACAAUGUUCUACUUCUAUAGAUAAUACCGAUUAAAUUUGAUAUAAACGGA